AUGAGCCAUGAACUCACGCUCAUCGUCGCGGCGACGCGCAACAUGGGCAUCGGCGCUAAGGGUGGUCUCCCCUGGACGGGCCUAAGGAAAGAAAUGGCCUACUUUGCUCGCGUAACGAAGAGGCUUCCACCACAGGCCCCUUCGGACGCCCGAAACGCCGUGAUCAUGGGCCGCAAGACCUGGGAGAGCAUCCCGCCCAAGUUCCGGCCCCUCAAGGGCCGUCUCAAUAUUGUUAUCAGCCGCGCUCACCCGGUCUUGGACCUCUCCUCCUCCUCUUCCGCGGCAGCUACGCCGGACCUCGACAGCGAGCCUGUCAAGGUCGGGUCACUGGAGCAGGCGCUCACGUACCUGCGCGGCGACGGCGUCGCCGGCCGACUGGGCAAGGUGUUCGUCAUCGGCGGCGCGCAAAUCUACGGCGCCGCUCUCCAGCUGCCCGAGGUGAAGAGGGUUCUGUUGACCAAGGUGCUUGGGGAGUUUGAGUGCGACGCGUUCUUCCCGCUGAGGCUGAGGGACGAAGGGGAGAAUGGGGAGGAGGACUCGGCGGCACAGGGGUGGAAGAAGGUCGAGAAGACCGGGCUGGAUGCAUGGGUCGGGGAGGAGGUCGAGGGCGGGGAGAUCGAGGAGAACGGGACGAGGUACGAGUUCCAGAUGUGGGAAAAGGUUUGA